AUGAUCUACGACAUUCAGCUGGACUACUACGGCAAGCGCCUGGUCACGUGCUCGUCCGACAGGACGUUCCGCGUGUAUGACGUAUCGAAGGCCAUGGUGGCGGGCGGAGACGGCGACGAGCACUCGGCGCCGAAGGAUGUGCAGGAGUCUCAACAAGAGCAGCAGCUUCACGUGCUACAGCACGUGGUGCCCCUGGCCGACGAUUCGGCGGCCCCCAUCCACCGCGUGGCAUGGGCUCACCCAAAGUUCGGCGCCGUGGUGGCCCUGGCUGCGCAGGACGGCAAGGUGUACAUCUACCGGGAGGAGCUGGUGCAGCAGGGUGCCGGGGGAGUCGGCAACGUGACGGAAUGGCGCCUCAAGCACGUGCACGAGUUCCACUCGCUGGCCGUGUUGAGUGUGGCCUGGGCCCCGUACGAGUACGGAUUGUGUCUGGCGAGUGCGUCGGCUGACGGUCAGGUGUCGUUCCUCACGCGCAUGCGAGAAGGGUGGGUGGUUUCGUCCAGCUUCCGCAACUCCGACGAGGGCAUGGGCUGCACUUCGGUGAGCUGGGCUCCGUACAACUCACUAGGAUCGCAGGGGGCGCAAGGGCCGAUUCAACGCGUGGUCACUGGGUCGUGCAAUCACGCAGUGACUAUCUGGCAGUUUGUGAGUGCCCCACAGGAAGGCGCGAAUGCUGGCAAUAGCUACUGGGAAGUCGUGAACACCCCCUUGUAUGGGCAUAAUGACUGGGUUCGUGACGUGGCUUGGGCGCCGAACGUGGGUAUUCCCGCAAAUGUUAUCGCCUCGGCUUCAGAUGAUCACACGGUGCGUGUUUGGACUCAAGACGAGGCUGAUGGCGAGUGGGAAGCACACGUGGUGCACACAUUCCGCGCGCCUGUGUACCGGAUAAGCUGGUCGCUGACGGGCUCAGUGCUCAGUGUUGCCGCCGGCGACGACGAGGUCACCUUCUGGAAGCAACAAAGCAACCACGAAUGGACGCAGAUGUCUUCGGUCACUGACCAAGGAGCAGCUACAAUCGCGAGCCACUAG